CUUUGAACUUUCCAAAAUUUUUCCUUUAGUUGAUAUCAGUAUCUUGCAAAGGAAGGGGAAGAAAAAUAGAAGUGAAAAUAAUUUAUGUGUAUUUGUGUAGUUUCCAAUAAGGGACAUCUUCCAUCAACUUCUUUUAAAUCAUGGGUGACAAUAAAUUUGCGAUUGUUGAAUUCGAUGAUGGUUCUCUGGAAAUUAUAAGAGACGAAUGGGCAAUUUAUGACGAUUCAAAAAUAAUAGCGUCAUAUUUUCCAUCAAAUAUUUCAAAAAAGGAGUUAUACAGCUUAUUACAAAAAGAAGGAGAUAUUGAUUUAAGAAAAUUUUCGGACCAGGAUGGAAACCCAUUUCCCGUGGUUAAACUUUUUAGUUAUUCAAAUUCUUAUGAAGCAGCAAUGAAGAAAUGCGAAUUAUAUUUACAGUUGACUGACAUUGAAAGUGAUGAACAUAAAAAUUUUGAAAAAUUAAAAAAAUCUAGACAUGUUAGAUGUAUUAAAAAGAAAUACGAGGAGUUUGACGAUUCCAUAGAACCUGAAUGCAGUGUACCAAAGAAACGCAAACAGAUUGCCAUCAUAAGUAACACUUUGUGGAAACCAGCACCAAGUGCUACUUUACAAUUAAACAAUAACGACAGUCCAAUUGUACCUGAAGAAAAUGAAACAUGUAACGUCGCUGUGACAUUAAAUAAAACAUCUUCGUCAACGAACUCUAAUAGUAGCCCUGUAAGUCAUAAUACUUCUCGCACAGAUUCAUCUGAGUCUUUUCACAUGGAAGGUCCUAAAAUUGAUCAACAAACAAUAAAAAAAAUAAAUGCUAUGUAUGUAAUGAUGAAAUCGAUUGCUGAAAAAUCAGAAAGCAGUCCUGUAAUUCAAAAUUUUUUUGACGAUGAAGAGCUAAGAAUAUUUCCAGUUAAAAAUAAAGAGCAACUUACGGAUGCUGAAGAAAAAAUGAAAUCAAGACGUUUUCGUGAUAAAGUUAUUAAUGCUCUUUGUUCAAUUGGAAGAAGCCAUUCCCUUAAAAUCACAAUAAAAAACAUGCUAGAUGAACUUCUUACGUAUGAGUUAGGGAAAAAUUAUACAUUUUUGGGUAGACUAAGAAAGAAGCCAGCUUUCAAGCCUCUGAAAAUAAACCUCGUUGUAUUCAAGGCAGUCAGGAAAAUAAUACCUAAUGUAGGUAGAGAGGAGGUGUAUGUUGGAAUUAAAAGCUGGUUACACCAAUGUUGCAACAGACAUAAUCGUUUACUGAAAAAAAAAGAAACCGAAGUGACAUUAGAAGAGGAAAUUGAAAGUAUCCAUUCGGAAGAAGAAUAAUUUAUUUACUUCAAGAAGAAGAAAGAAAUAAAAAUAGUUUUCUUUUUUUCAAAAAUCAAAAAUUU